AUGAUCGACCACUCCCUCCUCCAUCCAACAAUGACGGACGAAGACAUCCUUUCCGGACUCAGAAUCGCCCGGGAAAACAACGUGGCCACUGCCUGUAUUAAGCCGUAUGCCAUCCCUCUUGCAAAGCAGGAGCUUACCGGAACCGAUGUUAAAGUGUGCCCCGUGAUCGGGUUCCCGCACGGAAACAGCACCACCGAAAUCAAAGUCGCUGAGGCUACCGCGGCUGCGAAGACAGGAGGAGCUGAGAUUGAUAUGGUAGUCAACAUUGGCAAGGUCCUCGGAGGAGACUGGGAGUACGUUGCGCACGAGAUCGACGCUAUCAACCAAGCCGUCACGGCGCACGGCGCAAUCCUCAAAGUCAUUUUCGAGAACGAUUACCUCCAGUCUGAGCAUAUCAUCCGGCUUUGCGAAAUCUGUACCGGGCUGAAAGUUGCCUUUGUCAAGACCUCUACGGGUUAUGGAUUUGUGAAACAGAGCGAUGGGUCAUACAACUACCUUGGCGCAACGAUUAAGGAUCUCAAGCUUAUGAGACAGCAUUCUGGGCCUGAGGUCCAGAUCAAGGCUGCUGGAGGCGUUCGCACGCUUGAUGAUUUGCUUCAUGUGAUGAGCAUUGGUGUCACCCGUAUCGGCGCCACGGCGACUGUUGCGAUUUUGGAUGAGGCUAGGAAAAGGGGCAUCGGCAACGAGCCUGUGACGGUGACAUUCAAGCCUCACGUCAGCCAUGAUGCAUUUCUGGAUCUGCUCAUAUUAGUAGAUCUCAUGCUUAGGAUAGGCUACUGGCUGACCUUUGGACCACGUACAUACUACCUCUUCCAUGGAAGUCCAAAUCUGGCAUGGCCAGUCUGUGGAUGUGGACUACGAAUUGCGCAAGCUUUGAAUUUGCACCGCAAGCCGUCCAAUUCCGAACCGGUAACAUCCCCCGAAGCGCAGCGGAAGAUCGAGACUCGCAAACGAUGUUGGUGGGCUAUCUAUGAGAUAGAGACAUUCUGCUCUAUAUCAUACGGAUAUCCGCACGGUAUCGUUGAUGCGGAUUGCAACGUGGAAUUCUUGGACCCGUUGGCUACCUCCCCUGGCCAGUCACCGGCUAGUUAUAACGCCGUUCACCAGUGCCCAGCUACUCUGCUGUCUUAUAAGUACCUGAUGUCGAAACUCUCGGUCCUUCUCAAGGAUGUUCUGACUGAUCUGUACGGGAUUGGCUCACAUCAAUCCCGAGGAGGCAGCAAAGAGCGUUCAGCGCCACUUGACUUGGAAAUCCUUUUACGCAAGGUACAUCUUUUGGAUGACAGAAUACAAAAGUGGAACGCGGAGAUUCCAGACAAUUUGCGUCUUACCCAAAGUACACCUCCAGUAUAUUCUUCUGCCGAAGAAAUGGAUCGCGACGUUGGUGCAUCUGGCCCUCGAUUCGAAAGUCAUGUUUAUCAUCUCCAAGCGCUCGCUCUUUCGCUUGCUUAUGAAAACGCAAGAAUACUUGUUCAUCGGCCUCUUCUCACAUAUCGAACAACCCUUGGUCGAUGGCGCGAAACAACAAUUCUUCCCAACCUGUCCGAGAAGACAUCUCAUCUCUCAUUACAGGCCUGCCGCGACGCUGCCAUGAACACCUCACAUCUUGCAGAGUCGCCCAUCUUCUCACUCGCCGCUGACACGUAUGCCGCCGCAUUUAUCAGCAUCCACACAUUCACUGCUGGCGUAAUGCUUUGCGUUUUGGCCAGCAUUGAGCCCUUGACCCCGGAAUCUCUACGGUGCAAGUUGGGAUUGCGCCGGCUUAUGAAAAUGCAGGCACGUUUGAGGUCAAGGGCACAAGAAUCCCCCCUCACAGCUCAGGGACUUGAGAUACUGGAACGGUUGACGCGCUUAGUUAUGGAGAAAGAGUUAAAGGAUAUUUUGAGUUAUAGAAGUGAUUCAAACACACAGCCUGUGCAGGCCUUAAGCGAAGGGCAGCAACCCAAUUUUCAUGUUGAUAUGAUUGAAAUUGAAGGAGCUCAAAGGGGGGUUCUUCCAGAUUUCGUGGAAGAUACCACAAUCUCGCAGGCAUUAUUUGACCUUGACCAAGUACUUUUUGAGCAUAAUCUGAACAUACCCCUGGACUCCGAUACAGACUUCGCUGGGCCCAGUAAUGGGAUUGCACAAGAGCAAGCCUGGAUCUGGAGCGUGGAAAGCCCAAUGCAAUCUUAG